GGAGCCAGCUUUCGCCGGGUCCCUUCCGCCGCCAAACGGCGCGCUGUCCUGCGGCAGACGGGCUUUGUGGCUGUGUGUGUGUGUGUGUGUCUGUGUGUGUACGCGCGCGCCUGUGCCGGGUGUGGGUGGGUGUGCGUGCUCGCGGGCCGACCUGCAGGAGGCGAGGCGCUCCUGGCCUCCCCUGCCAACCAGUUGAUCGAGCCCCGGGAGGGAAGUGGCCGCAGCCGCCCGGGCCGCCGGCCCUCCCGUCCCCCAACCGGGUCAGCGCUCCCCGGGGCCCACGCUGUGCCCCGUGCCAGCGGCCGGGACCCGCCCAAGUGACACGUACACAGUUGCUCCUAGCAUGACCGUGAUCUGAUCAGCAACCACGAGAAUCUGACUCCCGCGUGGGGUGCCUUAGUGCUGGGGCCUGGUCACCGCCCACAACUCCAGAGCUGCCAUGGCUGCUGCCUCUACGUCCACCCCUGUCAUUUCACAGCCCCAGUUCACAGCCAUGAAUGAACCACAGUGCUUCUACAAUGAGUCCAUUGCCUUCUUUUAUAACCGGAGUGGAAAGUACCUUGCCACAGAAUGGAACACAGUUAGCAAGCUGGUGAUGGGACUUGGAAUCACCGUCUGUAUCUUCAUCAUGUUGGCCAACCUGCUGGUCAUGGUGGCGAUCUAUGUCAACCGCCGCUUCCAUUUUCCUAUUUAUUACUUAAUGGCGAAUCUGGCUGCUGCGGACUUCUUUGCUGGGUUGGCCUACUUCUACCUAAUGUUCAACACAGGACCCAAUACUCGGAGACUGACUGUUAGCACGUGGCUCCUGCGUCAGGGCCUCAUUGACACCAGCCUGACAGCCUCUGUGGCCAACUUACUGGCCAUUGCAAUCGAGAGGCAUAUUACGGUUUUCCGCAUGCAGCUCCACACGCGGAUGAGCAACCGGCGGGUGGUGGUGGUGAUUGUGGUCAUCUGGACCAUGGCCAUUGUUAUGGGGGCCAUACCCAGUGUGGGCUGGAACUGCAUCUGUGAUAUUGAAAACUGUUCCAACAUGGCACCCCUCUACAGUGACUCGUACUUGGUCUUCUGGGCCAUUUUCAACUUGGUGACCUUUGUCGUCAUGGUGGUUCUCUAUGCUCAUAUCUUUGGCUACGUUCGCCAGAGGACUAUGAGGAUGUCUCGGCACAGUUCUGGGCCGCGGCGCAAUCGGGAUACCAUGAUGAGUCUUCUGAAGACUGUGGUCAUCGUGCUCGGUGCCUUUAUCAUCUGCUGGACUCCUGGACUGGUCUUGUUACUUCUUGACGUGUGCUGCCCACAGUGUGACGUUCUGGCCUAUGAGAAGUUUUUCCUUCUGCUUGCCGAGUUCAACUCUGCCAUGAACCCCAUCAUCUACUCCUACCGCGACAAGGAGAUGAGCGCCACCUUCAGGCAGAUCCUCUGCUGCCAGCGCAGUGAGAACACCAGCGGCCCCACGGAAGGCUCCGACCGCUCAGCGUCCUCCGUCAACCACACCAUUCUGGCUGGAGUUCACAGCAACGACCACUCCGUGGUUUAGAAAGGAAACUAACUAAGAUGAGACGCGGCCAUCAUCUGCUGAGGGAUGAUCAUCCUCCCCCGUCCCAAAGGCACGGGCAGGGUGAGGUGUGAGAGAGAGGAAAAACACACUCGUGUGCUUAAACACUAACCCAUGGCAGUAUUUGUUCCUAGACCCACCAAGACUUGAUGUAUAUUGAAAAAUUAGCUUAUGGGACAUCCCUCAUCCUACUCCCCGUUCCUUUUGAAAGUAGAAAGUGGAGACCUUGCAAUAGAAUUCAUAAACAGACUCUGGAGUGUCCAUUUACACUACACUAACUAGUCUUCAAAAGAUUUUGUGUGGUUUGGUGCAAGUCAGAAUCAAUUCUGACUAAUUGAAUCCACAACUUCAUUUACAUACAGGCUUCCCUGUUUUUCUUUUUAAAGGAUACAUUUCAUUUAAUAAACAUGUUUAUGCCUAUCAGCAUGCUUGUGAUGGAUAAGACUAUAGACUGUUUUUAAACGAUCAUAACUCCAUUUUUUUCCUUAUGUAGGAAAACUGUAAAUUAGAAUUACUUUUCUAGAAAGCAUGCAUGUAAUGUAUGUAUGCAGUAUGCUGUACUUAAAAAGAUAAAAGGGUAUUAAUUUUAAAUCUUCUAGGAAAUAGAAAAACCUAGAUGUCAAAGCCAGUAUUUGUUUAGGUUAUGAAACAAACAAUGAUCUAAUCACAAUAUUACCUUUUUUAUUAAAGUGUUGUAACAUGUAUAAAACAAACAGGGAAUGUAAGUUUAUUAUCAGAAGAAUAUGUUGUACUCUAUAAAAGUUAUAGAGAUGAGCACAGUGGUAUUGUUCCCACAUAUUUAUAAUAUCCAAGUACAUUCUAAUUAUUAGUUCAUCAGAGAAAUUUUUUAAUGACCUGUGUUUUUCUGUAUUAUAAUACAUAGUCAUUGUAGAAAACUUGAAAAAUACAGAAAUGUAUAAAACAUUCAGAAAAAAUACUGAUAAUAUCACAACCCAGAAGUAACCACCAUUAACAGCUUUUCCCCUGUGUAUGCCUAUAUGUAUAUUAUAUACCUUUUUAUAUAAUUGGGAUCAUACUGUAAACAGUUUUAUAACCAGUUUGUUUUUUCCACUGCAUAAUUGCCACAUUUUCCUAUGGCAUUAAAAAUUUUACAAAAACAUAAUUUUAAUGGCUAUAUAAUAUUCCAUUUAAUGGAUGCAACUCAGUUUAUUUAACCAUUCCUGUAUUGUUGACUACUUAGGUUAUGUCUAAUUUUCACUAUUAUAAAUAAUGUUGCAAAAAUUUUAUGUACAUAAAACUUUGUCUAUGUAAUUGAUUAUUUACUUAGGACGCAUUCCCAUGAAGGAUUUUUUUUUUUAAUGUGAAAUGUCUUUUUAUGCUCUUACCUUUUAUAAAAGGGGAUUUCCUGCUUUUGCCCUAUGUAGGUGGCAAUUGUGAGGAAAGGCAGUUAAAUUACCUUUUUACAAAGGAAAUGCAGUGGUUACUUUAGUUGAGAGUGACUUUUUUAUAUAACAAGAUGGACUAGAAACAGUCAACUGCCACAAAUAGCCAGGAUACCCUACUUAAUAUGUCUAGCAAUUCCAAAUUUCAUUUGAACAAUGGAUGAUCCAACUCUCGGUAGCCACAACUCUAGUGUAGAAUUGAAGACAAUGCAGAGAAAUCAAACAUGCCGAGUGAAUAAAGGAUCAUCUUCAUAUUAAAUAGCUUCUGUAGCAAAUGGGUUGAGCGUGUUGGUAUGUGACUGGAUACUGUGUAUUCUCUAAGGUCGCCCCCACAGAUGCCGCCAUAUUAGGUGAUACCUGUUCAACUGUCCGGGUAAACUAAUUAUUGCACCAGUUUGUCGUAAUAAGUAACCAGUAAAGUCACAGUCACAAAGCAGGUGUGGGAAAGUCAGGAGUAUGUUUGAGAGAGAGAUGUCCAGAAGAAGAAUGGUUAUUUAGGAAGGAGGAGGUCAGUGCAUGGUCACCAUCUGAGCAGAGGGCAGACUCAACAAGUGCCCAAACUGGAAAGAAUAUGGGGAACCGGUUAGCAGAAAGGUGUUUGCACAGACUUUACACAAAAUACAGAGCAUUUUAUAGUGGAAGGGAACCAAAUGAACUUGGACUUUUACUCACGUGCAUUUAUUCUGAAGGAGAUGUGGACUGUUUGAAAUUUAAAAACAUACUAAUUGGACUUUAAUAAAUCAUUCUCAAUCAGUGUUUGCUAA